AAGAUAGAUUAUCUCUGGGUCCGAGGCGAGAGCCUCUUGCAGCCAGGGUUCGGUCGAGUGUUCAUCAUGCGGCAAGUUAAUUUCGACGAGUGCAUAAUAAUGGGGGUCAGGAAUAUCAAGUGUGGCGCUCCACGGCCCUGCUCUCGAUACGCUCACUGGAGUGCAGUGCCGGCCGCAUUCCGGAGGACCAUCGGAAGACGAAUGGGGCUGCCUCGUCGAGGUUGGUGCGGUGAGAGUUUAAUUUAUCGCUAUCACAACUCACAAGAGGGGCCGGACACGGUCAAGACGAGGGCUGCUGCAUGAGGAGGGUACUGUACUGUACAUAAUGCGCAGGAGGCAGUCUUGCUCAGAACACUUCCCCAGUCACGGGCAGGCUCUUCGAAAGGAGCGAGCCCUCUCCAGGGCCGGGAGUCCAGGCUCUCUCGAGACUGGGUUAGCCGAACGUCGGAGAGUCGUGAGAAGGGCUCCGGACAAGCCAGUAAUAAUCUUGCUGGGCGGUGGCGGUUCUACGUCCUUUUUUUGCGCUCAUCACUGCGCUGUGAUACUCACGCGCUCCUCUGCCCAUCCGAGACGCGUCAUGCCUAUCUCGGCAACAGGAAAAGCGAACACGAGAAAACGUGCCGCCGCGAUUCGUUGGUGUUUUGAAAAUGCGUUGAAGAACACGAGUCAUUGCGCCUUCGUUAUCGAUUGCCGUAGGGGGUCCUCGGCCACAAGAGCUGUGGCCACAGAUCGGCAGCCACAAACUGUCGUCGCAAGACUGCCAGAUCAAGCAAGGUUUGGGUGUGGGCUGGUGGGGCGAGUCUCAGCGGGGGCUGGUUGCCUGGCUUGGCGAUGGAGUUACGGUACAAUACGUACUGAUGGGCUGGUGGCGUUGCACUGACCACAUGCAGCUUUCAGCUACGGUCGCAUGCGACCGAUCCAGGCCGACCAGCCCAUUCGCCUGAUGACCGUCGGGAAUUUUGUCAUUCAGCAUUGUGCAGACAAGCAAAUUUGCUGCACAGCCCACCACCAAGGUCCAGCUACCUCCCAUCGGCCUUUGCCUGCUUCGUUAGCGUU